AUGGCGCCUGCAGCGGCGGGGAGAGUCGAAAAACGUCGAGGGAAGAGAGCUGCGGACGAAGAGCUCGACGGGGAGAGACGCUUGAGAAAGAAGUUUGACCGGCUACGACUUGAGAAAUUAUCCGACCAAGCGCAGUCCGGGGAUACUUUGCCCACGACAACGACAACAGCUCCGAUAACAGCUCCAGCCCGGACAGAUAAUCGCGAAUCUACCAGUUUACCGUCGUCAUCGUCGAAAUUUACCCCCUCUCGUGCUGAAAAUGGCGACGGCAUGCAGGUUGACGACACAAAAACACGGGUAUAUAUUACAGAUCUAGAAGAGGAGAUUGCAGAGAUAGAAGAGGAAGAAAGAAAACAGACAUUCAAAUUUAUGCCUGAGAUGGAAAAGAAGUUGAUGUCAAUUCCCAAGUCGGUUCUUACACAUAAACCGAAGCCCGAGGAGGAGCAGGACGAGCAGAAUAAUGAGUUGGUGCUCUAUCGUGUACCGGCGGCCCUGGGCAUACCGGCUGAGAAGGAUAGUGUCCGAGCAGCAAUGACCGAUGCGAGAGAGAGAGCUAGAGAACGGAUGAUUACAGCAGGUAGCUACGACGGACAGGAAAAGAGAGAGGGUACGCCGUCGAGCAUGAGUCUUGAUGACGGAGAACGUUCACCAGCCUACGACUCGGACCCCAUGGAGCUCGACGAUAGCUAG